AUGGCUGUAUCUCCUUUAAACACAAAAGCCUGUUAUCAUGCUCGCUCUAUCAGCUUGCCCUCUAGACCACACCCUCUCAUUCCUGAAUUUGAUGAGCAUUUGCGCAGAUUAAGAGCUUCUGAAGCCACCUCUUCAUCAUCCAUAAGCCACAAACUUAGUGGCCUUAGAGAUCUACACGAUUGUGUUGAUGAUUUGCUUCUGAUGCCACUCACUCAACAAAUCUUAGCUCAAUACCGCCAUGAGCAAUGGGUUGAUGAGCUGUUGGAUGGAUCUCUCAGGCUUCUAGACAUAUGCAGCACAGCUAAGGAUGCCUUGUUGCAGACAAGGGAAGGUGCUCAGGAGCUUCAAUCAAGAAUGCGCAGAAGGCGAGGAAGUGAAAAUGGGAUCUCAAAUGAGAUUGAGAAAUAUUUAAGCUCUAGGAAGAAGGUAAAGAAGGCAAUCCACAAGGCCCUAAGGAAUCUGACGGGCAUGGAGAAGGAGUGCAGAUUCUCUACCUUGAACAAAGACACUGAGACUCUCUCCAUGGUCAGCAUGUUAAGAGAGGUGGAAACAAUCACCCUCACAGUGCUUGGAGCUCUGCUGUCCUCAGUAGCUGGGGCUGCAGCACAAUCAAAGCGAAGUGGCUGGUCUUUAGUCUCAAAAUUGAUGCAACACAAGCGUGUGGCAUGUGAGGAAGCAGAAUCCGAUCAUGGUGAAUUUGAGAUGGUGGAUGCUGCAUUGUGCACUAUCCUUUGCAACAAGAAUAAAUCAGUUAAUCUUGUACAUGCUGAUGAUGUGCAUAAUGAGUUAGGGAAACUGGAAUUGAGCAUUCAUGAUCUUGAAGAAGAGAUAGAAUUACUAUCAAGACGAUUAAUCAAAACCAGGGUGUCUCUCCUCAACAUCCUCAGCCAAUAG